AAGGUCGCAUUCAUCAGGAAUUUUCCCCACUGCUGUGUAAGUUUAAAGUAUGGGUAUGCUGCAGUUAUCCGUAAAGUGAAGUCUAUAUCUAUGCACCAGUUUCUAUUAGUUUCGGUCUGUUAAUAAACGGAAACUGAGUUGUCUCCACCGAUUCCGUUGAGUCUUUAUGUCGCAAAAUUUUAUGGUUCGCUAGCAGUGAGCUAAAGCUCUGUCCGUGCAUUACCCAGCACCAUGCCCCGUGUCGAGCAGACCCUGGUGGGUUCCUCCUCCCUUGCCGGGGACGGAUUGACCAUUUGGAGUAAGGAUUUUUGCUACUACGGGCACGCGAACCAAUUUGUGGAGUCACUGCAGAUCCGGUUUUUCACCCGCGCAUUGUUUUCGCUCAUCUUCCUCAAUUUCCACGACUCCUCAUCCCUGAUGGAGGAGAAGCAAGUCACGCCACCGCAGUAUUCGUGGCCCGGCUGGAUGUUUGUGAAGGUGAUGAAGCCGAUCAAGCCGGGGGACUGUAUUGGCGUGAAUUUUCUUUCCAGUACUACCGCGGAAAAUCUGAGCGCCACAACGACACCAGGGACGACAUCUUCGAGGAGCGAGGCGAGUCAGGCCGCGGGCGGUACUUCUACCAGUGAUGUAGUAUCAGCAUCAGAGUCUACUUCUGCUCCAGUGGUCGUGAAGCAACCCGACAACUCGCACGUUCCGGGUAGGGAAAUUUUGGAGCUGAAGCAAGCAACAGAAGGUGUAGGUGGACGGGCUGGAAGUUCGUCCGGUGGGCCGACAACUGCAAGUCCACCACCGGAAGCAGGACAAGAAGACGAAGCAGCGUCAGAGGUUGAAGACCCAGAAAUCGAGUUCGCUCUUUCGCUGAACAGCACGCUAAACAAGAUGCUGGCGACCAUGGGACCUUGUCAAGACGUCAACGAGGCGACGCACCUGUUCAUGACGGAUGUGGAGAGGGACAGGAAGCUCCGCGCGGGCAGCUUCUACCCAAAAACGGAAUGGUCGACGGAAACGACGCUACCCCCGACGAAGACCAUCACAGACACCGUCGACGGACAGGUCGUCACGACGGUCGCGCAAAACGGCUUUCGCAUCCGCCGCAUGUUCGCGUUGGAGCACUGUCGCGGGCUGCUCGUGUCGCACUACCGGAUCGCGCCGCAGCUCAAGUGGUGCGACAUAUCAAGAAGAAAAAUCCCCCCUCCCCAUAUCAAAACGUAAAUCUGUGAUGCAGAUUUGUGGUCACAAAUCAGCUUUGUCAUGCUAGAAGGAAAGACGUGCGGAGUGUAAUGCUGGCUGGCGUGGGAAAGCCUUGCGCCUUCAGCAUGACAGAGAGCAACUGGAAGGGGGAAACAGCAUGACAAAUUGCCUGCAAACGAGGCCACAGCUGCGGCUUUUGGCCUUCUGGCAUUACAAGUCGACUUCGUGUACUCAAAUACAGCAUCAAAAAUUUCGUUUUCGUUAUGGGGAGGGGGGAUUUUUCCUUUUGAUACGACAGCGACGGGCGAGAAAAGUUCACGUCGAGCCAGAAGCGCGUCGCGAGUCAGGGAUUUCAGGCACACCACCCGCAUGCGAGCACCAUGUGGUGGUUUUCGAAACCAAGGACACGGUGUAUAAUUUGCUUCUUGCGACGAGUUGUCCUUGUGUGUUAGCAGUGAAGUUGUGCAUGAAAAAUAAAAGAUUGCUUCACAUGCAGAACAAAUAAAUGAAAAUGCACAUCAUCAACUGAAAUAACCAAUAAGUAGCGUCAGCAGCAGCACCAUGCAUACCGUUAAGAAUCAAUCGGAUAACAAGUCAACAUGAGAAAUAAAUUCUUCGAAUGUUCAAUAACUACACAGUCUCCAAGAGCUCGGCGUCAGUGACAAUGUAGACGCGGAGGACCGGGAUCUAGUUCCUUUCGAGCAAGUGAACGACUUUGUGAUGCGGCGCGCGGGGCACUUUUCCAUGGUGUGCGUCUACCUGAAUGAGAACCACCCCUACGCUCCUGACUACGCCCUGGCGAAGGAGCGGCUGAGCUGUCCGCGAACCAGCAGCGAAACGGAGCACACGGACCCGGAGGUGAACGAAGCGGCUGCGGCGCGAGCGAGGAAUGACAAGAGCACUGCAACAUCGGCGCAAUCUUCGCAAGAAGAACAAGUAAAAACCGGUAAGUCCUCCUUCGUGGUCUUUGGCAAUUUCGCUUGGCAGUACUGUGUGCAGGAAUUAUUCGCAGUGCUCGCCAUGACGGAUCUAAACACGAAGCCGGGGCCGACGAAGCAGGAAUUGAAUUACCUGGAGCAGCUAUUGACCAUGAAUAAAUUGUUUCACAAUCGGAUCCUAGUGGAUUACGAGAUCCCACAGUUCGACCUCUGGUCCUUCAGCACGAGAGGGCUGGAGUAUAGUGACGAUGAUCAUGAUGCUGGCGAAAGAAGCACGACAGCACGCAAAAGGCCGGGGGCAGGUGAAGGAGGAGAACAAGAAAACCAAACCGCGCUGCAAUCUGCGGUUCUUACCGGGCAGAAACACACGACCACAACGACUGCGUCAGACUCUGAGCUCGACGAUUUGUACCGCGUGGACGAGUUUUCCGGCGGCAGAGAAAAUCUCACGGUGUACGGUCCGCUCGCAGCGCACGUGCGCGAGAACCGAGCACCUUGGCUAGCGAUGUUAAAGAGUAGUUCCGCUGCUACUGCAGAAGAAGAUAAAAAUCCGGACCUCGAUCAUGAACAAACGUCGCAAAUUGAAAUCGCCGACAGAUCUUCCCUCUACUCCCUUCUCGAUCACGAGAUUUUUCUUCCACGGGAGUACCGCGCCGCGCACAACGAGGAAAAGAAGGGCGCGAGACUGCGAAAGAAACUGGAUCUGGAAGCGCAGUACGCGGACCGGGAAGCGGCGAUGGGAUGGAUAGGGUCAGGAAUAGCGUUUUCGUUUGACGAGGAGAAAGCGAAAAAAAGGAAAAGCCGGCUGGAGCACCACGAUUACUACGAUGGCAGGGCGGUGGGUAGGGAUUGGGGCAAGGUGCUGACAAGGAGGAUGUUGAACAAGCUGUCUGCUAGUAGAACAGCAAAAAGUAUUGUAGGAGCAGACCCAGACGCUUUUGAGCCGUAUAACUCAAUAACAGAGCCGCGUGGUCCGCCGGCCCCCGUAUUCGAUCCCGAUCGUCCCGUUGCGCCUUCGGAGACCGAUCUCUCUCCGGGAGAAGCCUCGACGAUUUUUCCGACAGCAAGAGAUGAGAAUUCAGAGGAAGUAGUUGACAGCGUAUCCUGUGCAAAAGUAUCGUACUCGUACUAAUUGCAGUCAUGCAUUACAAAAACAAAUUUUCCUCCCAAGGUAAAUCCGCAUGUUGACAAAUCUGAUUUCACAUGCUGAGGAAAUUCAAAUUUGUAAUGCAUUUAUACGAGUGGGAGUGCGAUACUUUUGCAAAUGCAAAAAUGUCUGGGUCUGGAAGUCGGGACUUGCCAUGCACAUUUUGCAUGACCCGUGAGGUCUGUGAUGCUGGUGCUAGCAUCACAGAUUUUUUCAGAGCUUCUUGAUGCUAAUUACGCAUGACAAAUGCCCUCUCCGCGUGCCAGGAACUGACUCCUCUUGCUGCUCAUGCAACACAGAUAUUUUUAGAAUCCGCAGACAGCAAUACAAGUUGCAUUUUUCCAGACCCAGACAUUUUUACACUUGAUACUCUGGGGCGCGUUGCGAUCUGCGGAAGUUUUGCAAAUAGUUGAUUCUUAUCCUGUGCGAAAGUAUCGUACUCGUACUAAUCGCAGUCAUGCAAGACAAAUUUCUUGCUCAAGCUAAAUCAGCAUGAGAAAUUCCAUUUGUCAUGCUGAGCUAAUUUGUAUUGCAAUACUACGAGUACGAUACUUUUGCACUGCAUAAUUCUGUCGUCACGUGUGGCCGCGGGGGAAAAGUAGUUGCAAACGAUACUACAAGGAAUCGUCUCGGAGAAGCUACUGCCGGGGACCAGCAGCUGCACGACCUUUAUCAAGACGUCGAUCGUGGAAAUAACCGAGAUGUUGAGUUGCUGCAAAAUCAAAAUGUGGUUGCGCGCGACCAUCACCAGAACCACUCAGAGCAGAUUGCGGCAAAGUCGCUGAGUCUAGCAAGGGAGAGAUGUAUUAAGAAAAGUAGUAAGGUUUGUACUGCUGAUCUAGCUUUGAUUGUUGUGUUGCUACAGUAA